AUGGAUCCAUUUUCAAGAGUAUACAAACAACGAAACAAAAGUAACAGGUCAAUACGAUCGCCAGACAAUAAACUGUCUAGGAGUCCCAGUUGUAGGAAGCUUACCUCUACAAAUAAUAAUAAUAACAAUAAUAUAUCAACUAUUGAUAUUGAUCUAGUCGAUAAGGAAACUAAUUUUAGUCCAUAUUCUUUAACAGAUAGAUUGAUGAAUAAUUAUACACUAACAUCUUUUAAUCAACCACAUUCUAAUAAUUUGACAGAGACUAACUUAAUUGAUCCAUUACAAAUUAAAGAAACAAGUCAAAAAACAACAACACUGAAUACCAACGAUAACAAUGACGUUAAUAACAAUGACAAUGACAAUGACAAUGACAAUGACAAUGAAUCCUUGUCUUAUUCAUAUUCAGAUUUAAUGUUAACAAAACCAACCUCUCAAGAAUUUACUUCUGGUAAGUAUUUACUUGGCGAUGAUUCUGAAGGCACCGGAAACGAUAAUAUAAGUUUAUCACAAGAUCCAUCAACAAGACAAUCAUCGUCAUAUAAUUUAGUAUUAUCUCCUUCUUCUUUAAGAAAAAUAAAUGAAAAGGAUAAUAAUAAGUAUUUAGAAAUCGAAGGAGAAUACAUUCCAGGUUUAAAUUACAAUGAGAUCCUAGAUAAAUGGCAACAACAAGAUCCAACUGAUAAUGAUCAUAGAAAAUCACUUCAAAAUACAAAAUUUGGAAACACUGCAGGUAGUAAUUCAAAUUCUUAUAAAAAUAGUUCAUACAGUACUUUAUUCAAAAAGAUGCAUAAACAAAAUAAAAAUUCAUCAUUAGCUCUAACAAAAUUUCCAACUUGGGAAAGUGCUGAUGAGGAUAACGAAAUUAAUUGUUUUACAAAUAAUGAUGCAUACGGAUUUGAUUCAGCUGCAACAAAAAAUACAGGAAUCACGAUUCCAGUGGAUUCUAAUGUUAGUCUUUAUCGAUCAAAUCAUUCUAAAGUAGAUCCUAUUCCUUUGCCAAGUUUAAGAACAUUAAUGACACCUCCCUCAGAAUUAGAAAUGAAAAGAAGAAUAUCAUACCCAACAAUGUUUAAUAACAACAAUAAUGAUACCAUGUCGAAUAAUACAAAUAAUAAUAGCAUCACAGAAAGUCCACAAUUAACUAAUAGACUUCCAUUUUCACCUUUAAAAUUACGCACUUUACCAAGUAGUUCUGCUCUAACAAACCAACUGUCAUCCUUAAGAAGAAAAGGUUCAUUACAAUUGCCACAACAACAUAAAACAUCCAUUGAUCAAUCGUCUGUAUCUUCUUCGCUGACAAAUAUACCAAGAUCAUUUGAUAAUAUCCCACCAUUGAAAAGAGAAACUAUUAUGGAAAUAAUUGACUUAUUACCUGAUAAUUUCAUUUCACAACCAUACUCGCAAAGGAAAAAAAUGAUACUAAAAUUAUUACCUCCAGAUCAAGUUGAUAAUUAUAAAGUUAUAAUGUCGUUGAUCAAAAAAUAUAUGUUAUCAUCUUCAAGAAGUAACAUAUCAUUGGUCAAUAGUAGUGUUCCGAAUAAUAGCUACAUUGGAGAUACUAACAACAAUAAUAAUAGCGUCAUAUCUCAAACGAAUGAUACAAUGACCGACUAUGAUAACAAUAAUUAUAGUGCACCUCAUCAAAACCAUCAUCACGUAAGACAUAAUUCAAUUGCGUCGCAAUAUUUGAGUACAUUUUCACCGAGUUUUGUAACCCCUACUAAUUUCGUUGCAGGUGAAGCCGCACCAUAUGAUACCCAUUUGGGUAGUUGCGUAAGUACUACAACUUUACCAGUUAAACCAGAAGAAAAAGGUGGUCAGAUAUUUAAUCAUACAAUGGGUAAGAUAAUUGGGUUUGGAGCAUGGGGUACAAUCCGUGAAUGUUUUAAUAACGAAACAGGACAAUCGAGAGCAAUUAAGAUUGUUAGAUUUAAAAAUAAUGAUAGAAUGAAGAAUCAAGUAGAAAGAGAGGUAUCGAAUUGGAAAAAAUUGAAUCAUCCAUAUAUUCUGCCAUUACUUGAAUCUAAAAUAGACGAUGAAGGUACCAUGUAUUCUCUAACUAAAAAAAUUGAUGAUGGAACAUUGUAUGACUUAAUAAUAUCAUGGGAUGCUAUUACAAAUACAAAAAUAUCAUGUCAAAAACGUUGUCGGUAUACUGUAGAUCUGGCUCGGGAAGUAAUCGAGGCACUUCAAUACAUGCAUUCAUUAAAUAUAGUUCAUGGUGAUAUUAAGUUAGAAAAUUGUCUUUUAGAAGAUUCUCAAAGUGAGAAAUGUAGAUGGAAUCUGUACAUUUGUGAUUUUGGAAUGAGUCAUGACGUAAUAAAGGAUAAUCCAAACAAAGGAAGUUCCACAUCGAAUAUUGGCUCUUUACCAUACGCUUCACCCGAAUUACUAAUUGAUAAUAAAAUCAGUUACAAAUCAGAUGUUUGGGCAUUUGGUGUCAUGUUGUAUACUAUGUUACUAGGAAAAUUGCCAUUUAAGCAUGGCAGCGAAUCAAAAUUAAGAGAGCUGAUUAAAUCGGGGCAUUUCGAUGUUGAGGCACUUCAUUUCCUAGAUAAUUACAAAUAUUAUCUACCAUUGAAGGAUAUUAUAUGUGGUUGUUUGGAAGUCGAUAUCUCCAAGAGAUGGAGUGUAUCGCAAAUCCAACAAGCCUUGAAGGGAUUGUAG